CUUGAGGUUGUGGAAGAUGACUGAGCAGCUGUCUCUCAAACACACCACUGGUAAGUAAAAAGGCCGUUACUUGCCCAUUCUCUGCUUCCUGUCCUAUAUACCGCCCUAUCGCCCAGCCCAGCCUUCACCCAGAUCUGCCCAGCUGUCGUGGCUUCGUUGGCAUCAUGCGCACCGCUAACAGACUGCCCUACAUUGUAGUCAGCCAGCCACAACUAUAUCAUAGCACCUCGAAGCAGAGCAUCACUGCCUCCGAAGACUACUACUCGGCCUCGGAAGGCACUUCGAGCGAGCUGAGUGCGAGUAAUGCAGACCGUCGUCGAUAUUCUACACCGCCCUUGCGAAGGUCUCCGGACGCCGACGAUCAACACUCACAUGCCGCUGCUGGUUUCAUGACCAGACCAAAGAACGUCACAUUCGACAACUCCACCACCAUCCACGAGCGACCACAUAGCGAAGACUCGUACCGUACCGCGCCGAAUACUGGUGCUCCACGAAGGCAGAUGGCUUCCAUCAGCCCCUCUACCACGCCUGGUCUCGACGACACUCCAUACAUCCGCUUUGCGAUCGACCAGCUCACCCGCGAUGAGGAGGUGAGAGGCUCAAGACACUACCAAGGCGUCCCCGAGGACAGCAAUGCGUCAUACCCAGUCGACAGAGUCAUAUCAGACGAAGGUCUGGGCUACUUUGGAGGACCACCGCAACAACGAGCCCAGCAGUCGCAACGGCCCGUCUCACAACCUUUCCCGCAACCCAUCACACAAAACAUCCCACAAACUCAGCUGCCGCAAAGAACAAUCUCAUCCGAUAAUGCAAAGUCCACACCGGUCGUGCCUGGCAUCUUGCCACGGCUUCCGUCCUCGGGAUCAGCAACCAUAACUCGAAAAUCGCUACCGCCAGCCAUCGCCAUCACAGCUGCGAGCGAUCAGACUCCUCCGCAAUCAAGACGAUCCUUCAUACCGCCUCCUCAUGGGAGGACGGACUCUGGCCAAUCGUCCCUGUCUCAUCAGUCCUUGUCUGGUCACGAAUCGCUGUCAAAGGAUAUCUUCGUUCCCCACAGGCCCACAAGAGAGUCCUUGCGAUACCCGCCCCUCGACUUUCUACCCUCGAUACUUCGUCCGCUUUCUUUAGUGACGUUCAUCCUGCUGUGCACCAUCAUGCUCGCAAUGCUGAUAUUCUGUGCUGUCUACUCCUUGAUCAACAACGGACUGUGGGCGUACGGCGGGUUUGGUGGUGGUCGGUACUUCACAUUCCAGUACCUGCCAACGAUAGUAGGUAUGAUGCUCCUGAUGUGGCUAUUCCAGGUCCAAACGGCUGUCCAGCGGAUUGCGCCAUUCAUGGCACUCUGCUCGGAGAGCCACCGCAGCAGAUCCGAGGCAAUGUUUCUACGCAUCGCUCCCAUGUCGUUUCUGCUACCCAACGUGAACUACUUCAAAACUGGACAGACCGUCUUUGGAAUCUUCUCCGCUGCGUCCUGGCUGUUCAUCUUCACGAUACCUCUGCUUGGUUCGGCUUUCGGCGCUCGACACGAAGGCCCCAGCAAUAUCGACGGCGAGUGGGUGUGGAUAUCAGUCCAGGGUGUCAUAUGGGCUACUAUCGCACUAUACGUAUUCCUGGUCUUAUCGCUCAUGCUGCUGGUCAUAUGCCUCUGGCGACGACAGACCGGUCUCAAGUGGGAUCCACGGUCACUCGCAGACAUCAUAGCCUUGCUCGAGAGGUCCAACACUGUGGGCGCAUAUGAAGGCGCCGAGACCUUCCAAACUAAGACGGAGUUCCGGGAUGCGCUAGCAGAUCAGGCACCGCUGCUGGGGUACUGGCACACUUCGAAGCGCCAAAACGACGUCUUCUAUGGCUUAGGCGAGCCAGGAUACCCCACACGAAAGUACUCGGUCGAGGAUGGCAAAAUCCGAGAAAAAGCACCGGAGAAGGCCUAUCAGUCCUAUCAGUCUUAUCCCAAGGACGACGUGGAAGCUGGCGCCGGUCGUAGUCUUCGUAGAGAAGGCGACUUUUCCAUCCGUAUGGACAUUCGCUCGUCCAAGGUGCGCUUGCACUACCUUCCUUGGUAUCUUCGGGAUACCUUCGUUGCAGCCUGGGUUGUGAUUGCUAUCGUUCUUCUGGCAGCGUUUCUGGUCAUCAGCUUCAUCAACAACGCCGUCCGCGAUGGGUUCGCCCCUCUGCUCGGCGUUGAGUCCGACUCAACCGGCUUCUCCCCAGCCAACUUCCUCUACUCGUUUGUGCCGGGUGUCAUUGGCACAUUCCUCUUCCUGUCCUGGCAGUCACUUGACCUCAGCUUCCGUGCUCUUACGCCUUAUGCAUCUCUCUCGAGCCCUCGUGGCGCUACAGCCGAGCAGUCCCUCCUCCUCGACUACUCGGCUCGUCUUCCUAUCUCGGUCACCGUCGUUGCGGCUGCGAACGGACACUUUGCCGUUGCUGUUCUCUCCCUCUUCACCCUCUUCAAUGCCGCCAUACCGGUCCUGUCUGGCGGCGUUUUCUGGAACCAGUACUACGUCGACAGCCGCUCCGUCCGUGUCGCUGCUCAUCUCCCAGCCUUUUACGCACUCUGCGUCUUUCUGGCAUUGUACGCGUUCUUCAUCUGCGUCAUCUUUGUCAGCAGGAAGCGGAUGGCUCUUCCACAUGCGUCCAACAAUCUUGCCGAAAUUGUCUCCUGGGUAUAUCAGUCGCCCAUCCUUGCAGAUCGCGCAUUCGCUCGCCCGACUACCAAAGCAGACCUCGUGACCCGUCUCAUGGGUGCUGGGUGGACAGACAAGUCCACCUUCUCUCGCAGUCUUGUCGCACUAGUCUCACCGUCCCGUCAAAACCUGGCUGUCCAACGCAGCGUUGGGGCGGCAAGUGCAGACCUGGCACCAAGUCCGCAUGGCAUGGACCAUGACGAGACCGAUGUCGACCAGACCGGUGUUGGUGAGAAGAGGCAGAGCAUCCUGGAUCCCGGCGCGAUCAGAUACGGAUUCGGCAUCCACGUCGGGCGUGACGGCAUGGAGCAUCUGGGAAUCGAUCGUGUGAAGCGAGGGACCGGGAGAGAGAUGGUCAUUUAUGAGCAGACGAAAAGACCAUGGCGAGACUGAGGCUGGGGGGAGAUGGGCAUGAAGAGCCAAUUCUACGUGGCCAUUCGGAACCUAUAAUUCUCCGGGUGGCCAACACUGACUGUUACCGCCACAACAUCCGACAUUACAACAUCACAACAUGGGAUACACCUAUCUAUCUACCAUGACAGCAUAUACGACCGCAAAACGACACAGUGUCAUUAUCAUCAUCAUCUUCUUCUUCAUAAUCGCAAAAAGCAGCAUAACAGCAAGGCGUACAACAUUUAUUCAUUCAGAUCACGGCGCUCUAGGGAAACGGGGUUCAUUUCUGGUACGAUUACGCUUUUUUCUACCAUUCUUCACACUUGUUUUUAUGAUCGGAUGAAAUGUAAUUUGGUGGAUGACACACAUAUACGAGGGACGAGAGGAUGAGGGAUGAGAGGAU